AUGGACCACUCCUCACUGGAAGAUCACUUACGAGCUUCUGUGAUCCCUCGCUUUCAACACUUGUUAGGAACGAUCCAGUCGCUAGAACCUUAUGGAUCGGGCCUCAUCAAUGAUACCUACAAGCUGAGCAUUCUUCGGGCCGGGACGAAUGAAGAAAAAGAAGAUGUUGUGUCAUUUAUUUUGCAACGUAUCAAUCACCAAGUCUUUACACGACCCGUUAAAGUCAUGUCCAAUGUAGAACGAGUGACCAAGCACUUGGCCGAGAAGAUACGGAAGCGAGGUGGAGAUGUCCAACGAGAAACCCUGACCCUAAUCCCUACCACCGAGUCGUCGUGUAGUACGAGCAAAGAACAUGAAUACUUUGUGGUGGACGACCAAGGCAAUCAUUGGCGAAUGUAUACCUUUAUAUCGGGGGCUACGGCGUAUCCAAUUGGAAAAGGGAUCUAUUGUUUGCGAAUAAGGGAUGGUAAAACGACGAUCAAUAUAUUCCGUGAGGCAGGAGCCGCCUUUUGCCAAUUUCAGUUGGACUUGGCAGAUUUGCCACCACCUAGAUUGCACGAGACAAUCCCGGGAUUUGGAGACUCGGCUGUACGCUUUGACCAAUUUCAAGCGGCAUUAUCACGCGAUUUACAUGGAAGGGCCAAGGAUUGUCAACCAGAGAUUCAAUUUUGUCUAGAUCGGGAGCAAGAGAGCUACAUUUUGCCCAAACUUUUACAAGACGGAAAAAUACCCGAACGGAUCACUCAUUAUGACACCAAAAUUGACAACGUACUCAUUGAUGACGCUACUGGAAAAGGCCUAUGUGUAAUUGAUUUGGAUACGGUCAUGCCCGGACUGGCCAUUUAUGAUUUUGGAGACUGUGUGCGGACCGCUACUGCUUUGGCUGCCGAAGAUGAGAUGGACUUGACCAAGGUUGGCUUUUCCAUGGAGAUCUUUGAGUGGGUAGCUGAGGGAUAUUUGUCCAUUGCAAAACAAUUCUUGACAGAAUUGGAGAUGGAUCACUUGGUGUUGGUAGCCCGGAUGGUGACGUUCACCAUGGGGUUACGCUUCUUGGCGGAUCACCUGAAUGGGGAUGUUUAUUACAAGACGACUCGUGACAAUCACAACUUGGACCGUGCUAGGAGUCAAUUGAAAAUGGUAGCUGAAAUGGAGGGAAAUGAAGAAGAGAUGAAUACCAUCAUUCGACACUUACGAGGGUAG